AUGUGCACUUAUUGGGCCUCUCGUCACAAAGUUCAUUCUCAGGAAUUCAUGUAUCUGCGCGUCGCCAUCCUGAUUUACAGUGGUGUUCACUUAUGUGUAUAUUUUCUUUAUCAGUUUCCAUGUGCACAAAAGAUUCUUGAUGAUUCCGACCUUAUUACCAGCGCAACCUCGUUCGAAGGUCAUCCUCUGAAGCGGCCCUACCAGUACACGAUUCUGAACAGAACUCGGCAGGCCUUCAAGAACCGCUCAUUUCUUGUACCGAUUCUCACUACUAAUACUGUCGCUGCCACCACCACCGCCUCCUCCACCUCUUCUUCCGACAACAAUGACAUUGUGCGUUCCGACCGGCCCCAUCGGGCUACCGCUGAAACGGUGGAGCGUGGCAGCUGCCUUCGUGGCCACCGAUCCGUCUCUCAUGGUGAUGAACAGACGGCAACAACCCCAGUGCCAGCCGCUGCUUCCGUCAGGCCGAAACCGGCCUUCACAUUCUCACCGCAUCUAUUUCCGCUGAUUGCACACGGUCCACUACUCCUCAGUAUCCACAACUCUGUCAUCCGGAACAGCUACGUGCUCACAUUCAUUGCGAUGAUGGUAAGCCCUGUUAUGUGA